AUGAGAAGCCUCUGCACAGCAAAGAAACCUCUCCGCUAUUCGCAACCUCCUCCCCGCCACCACCACCACUUCCUCCUCCUCCUCCUUCUCCUUCUCACGGUUAUCUUCCUCCUCUAUUACCGGCCACUACCUCCACAGCGCCGCCCCAUCCAGCCCCCUGACCUCUCCCACUGCCUCCUCAUCUCCAUCGACCCUCCCUCUUCCCCUCCCCUCAACUGCUGCGCUCUCAGUUUAGUCUCCUCUGAUCUCCAAAAAAUCCUCAACUUCACAUUCCCUAUCUCUUCCUCUCCUCUCCGCAUCCGCCCCGCCGCGCACCUCGUCGACUCCCGCUACAUUUCCCAGUACUCCAAAGCCGUUCAGUUAAUGAAAGACCUUCCCGAAAGCGACCCACGUAGCUUUUUUCAACAAGCAAAUAUUCACUGUGCUUAUUGCAAUGGCGCGUAUGACCAGCUCGGUUUCUCUAAUCUCCAACUUCUUAUUCAUAACUCCUGGCUGUUUUUUCCCUGGCAUAGACUUUACUUGUAUUUCCAUGAACGUAUACUCGCGAAGCUCAUUGGAGACGACUCCUUUGCUCUGCCUUUUUGGAAUUGGGAUUCUCCGGACGACAUGCGAAUACCCUCCAUGUACCUAAAUAAUUUUUUCUUUAAUAUUUCUUCUUCUUCUUCUUCUUCUUCUUCGCCGCUUUAUCAUCCAAAUAGAGACCCCUCCCACCAGCCGCCGGUAAUGGUGGAUCUCAAUUUCCUUGAAGUUGGAAGUGAUCAGGCUGUCGUAUAUCCUAGUGUGGAUGACAAUCUCAGGAUCAUGUACAGACAGAUGAUGGAGAACGGGGCGACCACGGAGCUGUUCUUAGGCUCAGCAUUUCGAGCAGGAGAGCAACCAGAACCCGGUCCGGGGUCAGUGGAAGUCAUUCCACACAACACGCUUCAUGUCUGGGCCGGCGACCCGCGGAAGCAGAACAGGGAGGACAUGGGAGCUUUCUACUCCGCCGCACGCGACCCAAUUUUCUACGCACACCAUGCCAAUAUGGACCGGCUAUGGUUGGUCUGGAAAUCGCUCGGCCGAAAGCAUAUGGACUUCUCCGAUUCGGAUUGGCUCGACUCGGCUUUCCUCUUCUACGACGAAGAGGCUCGGCUUGUAAGAGUAAAAGUUAGAGAUUGUCUUGAUAUAGACCGAUUACGAUACCGAUAUCAGGAAGUCGAAAACCCUUGGAUCAACGCAAGCCGACGCUCGCAUGCAACGAAGAACAAGAAGAAGAGCAAUAACAUCCAAUAUAAUUAUGCGGAGGAGUUGGGGUUUCCGGUGAAGGUGGAGAAGGAGGCGGUGGUGGUGAGAGUGAUGAGGCCGAGGAGAGGUGGUGGGGAGGAAGUGGAGGUGUUGGUGGUGGAAGGUAUAGAGACUGAAGGAACGGAGUCGACGAGGUUUGACGUGUAUGUGAAUGCGUCGCCGGCGGAGCUCCAGCACCCAGCGGCGAGGGAAUGUGCGGGGAGUUUUGUGAGUCUGCCGCAGCUGAGAAGGGAAGGGAAGCGGAGGACGAAUUUGAAAUUGGGGAUUAGCGAGCUGAUUGAAGACUUGAGGGCGGAGGAUGAUGACACUGUACUCGUGACAUUAGUGCCGCGAAAAGGGGCAGCCACCGUAGCUGGACUCUCCAUCGUGUUGCUAUCCUAAAUAAUAAAUAUAUUUUAUUUGUUAUUAUAA